CGUUGUUGGUUUCGGGUUGUCAGGCAGCCGCGGCUGCGGGGAGCCACCCGACGGACGGCGGUGGGGGUGAGGCUCGGCCAUGCCUGGUGUCGCGGCCUGAGCCCCCCCACCCGCCGCAAGCAUGAAGGACAGCGGGGACUCCAAGGACCAGCAACUCAUGGUGGCACUCAGGGUCCGGCCCAUCAGUGUGGCAGAGCUGGAGGAAGGAGCCACCCUCAUUGCCCAUAAGGUGGAUGAGCAGAUGGUGGUUCUCAUGGACCCAAUGGAGGACCCCGACGACAUCCUGCGAGCACAUCGCUCCCGGGAGAAGUCCUACCUGUUUGACGUGGCCUUUGACUUCACCGCCACCCAGGAGAUGGUGUAUCAGGCCACCACCAAGAGCCUCAUCGACGGGGUCAUCUCAGGCUACAAUGCCACCGUCUUUGCCUACGGCCCUACGGGUUGCGGGAAAACCUACACCAUGCUGGGCACGGACCAUGAGCCAGGCAUCUACGUUCGGACCCUCAAUGACCUCUUCCGUGCCAUUGAGGAGACCAGCAAUGACAUGGAAUAUGAGGUGUCCAUGUCCUACCUGGAGAUCUACAAUGAGAUGAUCCGGGACCUGCUGAACCCCGCCCUGGGGUACCUCGAGCUCAGGGAGGACUCCAAAGGGGUGAUCCAGGUGGCGGGCAUCACCGAGGUCUCCACCCUCAACGCCGAGGAGAUCAUGCAGCUGCUGACGAAGGGGAACCGGCAGAGGACCCAGGAGCCCACAGCCGCCAACCAGACGUCCUCCCGCUCCCACGCCGUGCUCCAGGUGGCCGUGCGCCAGCGCAGCCGGGUCAAGGACAUCCUGCAGGAGGUGCGGCAGGGCCGCCUGUUCAUGAUCGACCUGGCCGGCUCGGAGCGCGCCUCCCAGACCCGGAACCGCGGGCAGCGCAUGAAGGAGGGGGCCCACAUCAACCGCUCCCUGCUGGCCCUGGGCAACUGCAUCAGCGCGCUGAGCGACCGGGGCAGCAACAAGUACAUCAACUACCGCGACAGCAAGCUCACGCGGCUCCUGAAGGAUUCACUGGGCGGGAACAGCCGCACAGUGAUGAUCGCCCACAUCAGUCCUGCGAGCACGGCCUUCGAGGAGUCCCGGAACACCCUGACCUACGCUGGCCGGGCCAAGAACAUUAGGACCAGGGUGAAGCAGAACCUGCUCAGCGUCUCCUACCACAUCGCCCAGUACACCAGCAUCAUCGCAGACCUGCGGGGAGAGAUCCAGCGGCUCAAGUGCAAAAUUGACCAGCAGGCUGGGCGGGGCCAGGCCCGGGGCCAGCUGGGGCGGGGUGACAUCCGCCACAUCCAAGCCGAGGUCCAGCUGCAGGGCGGGCACGGCGAGCAGGAGGAGAUGGGGCCGCUGCGGGAGCAGCUCGUCAGCGCUUUCCAGGAGCAGAUGGACGUGCGGCGGCGGCUGCUGGAGCUGGAGAACCAGGCCAUGGAGGUCCAGAUCGAGACCUCCCGCCACCUGCUCACCAUCGCCGGCUGGGAGCACGAGAAGUCCCGCCGCACCCUCAAGUGGCGGGAGGAACAGAGGAAGGAGUCCUUCAUGAAGGACGACAGCGAGAAGGACUCAGACACAGGCGAUGACCAGCCAGACAUCGUGGAACCACCCGAGGUGGCCUCGGCCCGGGAGAGCAUCGCUGCCCUGGUGGGCAAGCAGAAGCAGCUGCGCAAGGAGAAGCUGGCGCUGGAGCAGCGCUGCCGAGACCUGCGCGCGCGGGGCCGGCGCCUGGAGGAGACGCUGCCGCGGCGCAUCGGCUCCGAGGAGCAGCGCGAGGUGCUCAGCCUGCUGUGCCGCGUGCACGAGCUCGAGGUGGAAAACACAGAGAUGCAGUCUCACGCGCUGCUCCGCGACGGCGCGCUGCGCCACCGCCGCGAGGCCGUGCGCCGCCUGGAGCAGCACCGCAGCCUCUGCGACGAGAUCAUCCAGGGUCAGCGGCAGAUCAUCGAUGACUACAACCUGGCGGUCCCCCAGCACCUGGAGGAGCUCUACGAAGUGUACCUGCGGGAGCUGGAGGAGGGCACCCUGGAGAGGGCCACCAUCAUGGACCGCGUCGCCUCCAGGGCCCUGCAGGAUAGCUCCUUGCCCAAAAUCACCCCAGCAGGAGCCACAGCAACCCCAGACUCUGACCUGGAGAGCGGGAAGACGCUGAGCUCGGAGACUCAGCACCUGCAGAACAGCACCCUCCCACCCCUGGGCACGGACAGUGAUGCCCACCACAUGUUCAAGGCCAGUUCACGGGCCUGGCAGGCGAAGAGCUCCUCUGUGCCCACCCCGCCUCCCAUCCAGGUUGGCAGCCUGGUAACCCAGGAGACCCUGCAGCCCGUGCUGAGUGGGACAUGGGAUCUCUGCUAUGUUCAAGGCCUUCCCUUUCCCAACCACUUCACCCCCAGGCCCUGCCUCCCAACAGCCUGGGUAGCCAGAUCACCUCUUCCCCAGACAGCAGCGAGAACCUGUCAGAGAUCCUCUUAUCCCACAAAGGUGGGCAUCGAGGUGAUGGCCCUGGGCUCUGGCUACGUGGUCAGAAGAAAAGCCCAGGCAAGAAAAGGGAGGAGUCGCUGGAGGCGAAGAGGAGGAAGCGGAGAUCUCGGUCCUUCGAGGUCACAGGGCAAGGGCUCUCCCGCCCCAAGACACACCUCCUGGGGCCCCACCCCUCAGAGAGCACCUCGGACCACAAGACGCCAGCGAGUAGGCACCCGACCCCUGGUGUCAGGCACCUGGGAAAAGUCACGCUGCCUUUGGCCAAGGUCAAACUCUCCCCAGGCCAUAACACAGGCCCUGGAGACCCCUCACCCCUUGCUGUUCCCUCCAACCCAGCUGGCGUUUCCCGACGGGCUCCUCGUGGACCCCACCUGCCCCAUGGUUCAAACACCCAUGGCAAGGAUGGACGCUUCCGGCACAACUGAGGGCCUGCCUGGAACCAGCUAUUCUGCCCCCAAGACUGAAUGGGUUGUAGCAGGGAAUGGGAAAUGGAGUCUGGGCAUAGGGGGUCAUGUGGGAGCAGGAGCUCGGAAGGUUGCAGCUCCCGAGACCCAAGGGUUGUGGGGUGUCGGCCCAACCCUUCCAUGCUUUCUGUGCCACAAGGAAGGGAGGUGGGCCCAGGAGGCCCAGCCACAAUGGCUGGGCUCCCUGGACCCCAGUUCUGGGCAGAACACUGUUGCCAAAACCCUGCACAUAUCUUGGUUAGUCUUGACCUUGGCAACGGGGAGAGGAACUGUUAGUGAGAUGGGACUCCCAGGCCCACACCUGGGGCCAGGGCAUCUGGAUGGUUGGGGAGGAGGCCGGUAGGCACUUCACGUGUGAUGUUUGGGGGUUGGGGAGGGAAUCUGGUUUUGUUACUUGGCUGUGGCUUUUUUUCUCCUUCCUUUUUAACAAUAAAAUCGCAUUGGG